AUGUCUUACAGUUCUAAACUUGAGCAUCUGAUUGAAGGACUUGGUGGAUGUGGACUUAUGCAGAAACUUAUAUGUAUAAUUAUUCACUCUUCGACUAUCGUGAUCGUCUGGAGCGUGCUGGCAAUGUCGUUUAUAGGCUACGAUCCUGGAUUUAAAUGCCACAUACUGGACGUUAAGUUUUCUUCGCUUUCAGUAUUAAACCUGAGUGAAAUGUCUACAAAUCGACUUUGCUCGGUCGGACGAAAUGCAACGUGCAGUGCUUACGCAUUUCAUGAUAAAAUGAAUACCGCCGUAUCUGAGUAUGGAAGUAUAUGUAGUCGGCAAGAUAAAAUCGUUAACCAGGUUGUUGGUGACAGGAUUUCCUCGACAUCGUAUAUCCUGUAUCAUGCCACAAGCAGUUGGAACCUUGUGUGUGACAGGCGAUGGAUUGUGGCGUUUAUCACAUCAAUUCAGAUGGUAGGUGAUGCUGUAGGAGCGAUCGUUGCUGGUCAAAUGGCUGACGCGGCUGGUCGCAAACCAGCUAUGCUCACAGGGAUUACUGCAAUGGUCCUCUUUAAUUUCGUCGGUUAUUUUACUCAGUCGUGGCAAAUAUAUUCCGUUGUUCGUUUCUUCAUUGGUGUAGGAGUUGGAAUUAGUUUUACAGUACAAUUUACGCAGAUGAUAGAAUUUGUGCCGUCCCCGUGGCGACCGUUCGUUGUGUGUUUCCCUUCAGAGCCUCUCUCGUCUAUGCUUUAUGCGCUCGUCUCAUGGUGGUUACAUGACUGGAAAAGAAUACAUCUGUUGAAGACACUCAUUGGCGUAUUCAUUCUAACGACUUUAUGCUUUGUUCCUGAAAGUUUUAGAUGGCUGAUUUCUAAGAAGAAGUUUGAGCACGCUGAAAGAUCUAUCAGCUCCUUAGCAACUGUUAACGGAGUGCCUAAGCCAGACGUGAAGGAAAUAUUCGAUACUGCGGCAACAGAUAUAAACAAAACUUCAAAAGCCACUACAGUGUUUGCUAUGUAUACUGCUUGGUAUUGUAUGUCCCUCGGAAUGGAGAGCAUUUCUGUCGACAUUUAUCUGACCAUAUUCCUCAUUAACCUCGUGGAUUUACCUGCAUUUUCAGUAACAGGACCUUUAGUGAACAGAUUUGGUAGAAAGAAGUAUUGUUUUGUUGUAUGUGGUGUGUCAAGUAUACUCAUGUGUGUUUCGGGAAUAUUGCAACAUUUUGAUAAGAUAUCCAGGCCUUCGAUGUCACUUGCAGUUGCAGCUUUGGCUGUUUCAUUGCUGGCGAAAAUGACUGUUACAACAGCAAGCAUUGCACUUAUUAUUUACACAACGGAGAUAUAUCCUACAGUAGUGAGGUCAAUAGGUUAUGGUUUUCAGUCAACUGUUGGAAGACUUGGUGCGGUUGCUGCUCCAUUGCUGAUUCAUCUGGAUGGACGCAUUCCCGGAUUAAUGUAUUUCACGUGUGGAGUUUUAAUAUUCCUGUCGGCCGGAAGUAUUGCGCGUCUGAAAGAAACAAAAGGUGUGACACUGCCAGACUCCAUUUCCGAUACAAAGUAA